ACUUCCCCAGCUGACGUCAGCUGGCAGCCUCGGCUCUGCUCGCCGCUCCGGACACAGCGCCGUGAAAAUGCUGCUCUCCGUGCCGCCGAGGACAACGAUCAACCCUUACCAUGGAUACAACAGCAGAAACGGCAAAAAGCAGGCCUACGUGUCCUCCGGCCAGCAGAUGGCGCCCCCCAGUCCCAACACCAACAGCAGCAGUAACAGCAGCAUCGGCGGAGGAGAGCAACUGAGCAAGACCAACCUGUACAUACGUGGGCUGCACCCGGGUACCACAGACCAGGAUCUGGUCAAGCUGUGCCAGCCGUAUGGAAAAAUAGUGUCGACAAAAGCCAUCCUAGAUAAGACCACCAACAAGUGUAAAGGUUAUGGCUUUGUGGAUUUCGACAGUCCGGCUGCAGCACAGAAGGCCGUCACUGCGCUCAAGGCCAGUGGAGUACAGGCUCAGAUGGCCAAGCAACAGGAGCAGGACCCCACAAACCUGUACAUCUCCAACCUGCCACUGUCCAUGGACGAGCAGGAGCUGGAGGCCAUGCUGAAGCCUUUUGGCCAGGUGAUCUCCACCCGCAUCCUUCGCGACAGCAAUGGGACAAGCCGGGGCGUCGGCUUCGCCAGGAUGGAGUCUACAGAGAAGUGUGAAUCCAUCAUUCAGCAUUUUAAUGGCAAAUACAUAAAGACUCCCCCAGGAAUACCAGUGCCUACAGAACCUUUGUUGUGCAAGUUUGCUGAUGGAGGGCAAAAAAAGCGGCAGAACCAGGGGAAGUUCCUUCAGAAUGGGAGGCCGUGGACCAGGGAAUCGGAAACGGGCGGAAUGACAUUAACAUAUGAUCCAACAGCCUUACAGAAUGGGUUCUACUCGUCCCCAUACAGCAUCACUCCCAACAGGAUGAUCGCUCAGACGUCCCUGUCGCCCUACGUGCACUCCCCCGUCUCAUCCUAUCAGAUGCACAGCCCUUCCUGGAUGCACCACCAGUCGUACCUCAUGCAGCCAGCAGGGGCGGUCCUCACCCCCACAAUGGACCACGCCAUGUCCAUCCAGCCCAGCUCCAUGAUGGCUCCCCUGACGCAGCAGCUCAGCCACAUGUCCCUGGGGAGCACUGGCACGUAUAUGCCAGCGAACACAGCUAUGCAAGGGACCUAUAUCCCACAAUACACCCCAGUGCCUCCCUCCAGCGUCUCAGUAGAGGAAAACUGUGGUCAGCAGCAGCAGCAGGUUGCCAUGGAUACAUCCACAGAACACACAGGCUACUCUUACCAGCACAGCAAGUGAAGUAAAGAUUCAAACCCAGAAUGGGCAGCUUGGAGCAGAAGAUGGGCAUUGACUCCACAAACUCCCUGGAUGUCACACACCGGACUCUCACAUGGAAGACGUGUUUCUUUUGGAAGACAAAAGCUUAUUUCUUCAUGGCUGACGCAGCCAAAGGUGGGGGAAUUUCCGGGAAGGACGAAUGAUCUAUUUUGAUAAGUGGAAAAAAAAUACAUAAGGAGAGAGAGAGAGAGAAAAUACAGCGAACCAACAAAAGGGGAAAAGACACAAACCUUAUUUUUGUGCACGUAUAAUAAAAAAAUCUUAUUUUUAAAAAGCUUCUGGAGUUUCAGAAUGAAACAUGGAAAAAGUUGCAACACAAAGUGUCUUUUUUAGUUUCCUUUUUGUAAAAUAUGCAAACUUUUAUUUGCAUUUUUUUUUAGUUGUGUCUGUUUUUGGACAUUUGGUCAGCUGCAAGAGGCGGAUUUUUGUACAGAUUCACAAGCUGAAACAAUGAAACAAUGCAUUUUUGUCCAGUUUUGCAACGUAGUAGGUUUGAUACUUUUAUUGUACUUUUUUUUUUUAAUUGAAGACAAAUACAAACCAAACCGCUUAAAUCACUGCUUCCGAUCCAAGGCGUUAUAAAAAUCAACUUCAUUGUUAAGGGCAUCUUGGAAAAGGCUAAAGUUCAUGUUUCCCUUAAAACAAUUUUUCAAAUUAGGAGCAAAAGACAAUCACAGACUUUAUUAUUUAUAUUUUAGCCGCAGUUCUAAUUUGUACUAUUUCAAUCGGCUGAAUGAAAACGCAUCACAACUAAAAGAUAUAAAUAAUUUAUAAAAGUAUGUAAGUAUGUCACAGAUUUAGUGUAACACACACACUUCCAAAAGAAGGCACUGAACCAGAAAAAACACAGUAUGUUUGACAUGGAAUCGCUUAGCUAAAUGUAGGCCUUCUGCGUUGUAGGGAUGAUGUUGAAUGGUUUGAAAUAUUAAACCAUAUUAAAAAAUAUUCCAUGUCAUUGAGGCUUGUAAUUAAUUUAAUUAAUUAAUCUUCAGACUAGUGGAUCUUAGCCCGGACUGGGGGCCUUCUGCUGGGAUGUCAGCGAGCAGUACUGCACUCUGCAAGCGGCUUCCUCAGACCGCGGAGGAGGGGUGAUUUUAAGCGGCCCUUGUGCUUGUACUCGUCUGGUUUUCAGUAAAUCUUUCAUGCCGUCGGACAAGUAAAUAUGAACAGAACUGUACAAACCUAAAAAAGCUAAACUUUUGAUUUAAAAAAAAAAAAAAAAAAACGUCAAAGUGAGGAGAGAAAGCGAGCAGACAACUUAAAGUCCUCUGAAGCUGUAUAGUGGGGAAGGGAUUGGGGGGGGGGUCUUUUUUAUUUUUAUUUUUGCUUUCACAAUGCUGCUGUUUCUGUGUGUUAGUCUUCUCCAUCUGUGAUCUGGAUUUUUAAAAAUCCUUUUUUUUUCUCUUGGGGCUUUUAAUUGACUUGAUUUUUAUUUUUUUUAAUAUAUUAAAUUUCUUUCCGAUAAUGUAGAUCGUUAUUAGUGAGUAACACUCUAGGAGAUUAGCUGUUAGCCUUUGACAGAUGCGUAGGAUUUUGAAAUGAUGCUUGAGGUUUGUGAGUUUGUGCACAAAACCCAGUGUUUUCCCCACUUGUGUGGGUCUUUUAUUCUUUUGUAAUAGUUUAGAUUCUUUAUCAGUCACAUUUGGAAUCGAGCUCCGUUUUCAGUAGGGUCACCUCCGUCUCCGUCUCAGACGUUUAUGCAGGUAAAGGUUAAACUGUCACAUGUUUCUAAGGUUUCUUGGAGACUGUGACAUUUCCAUAUGACAUCCCAGUGGAGAUCCAGAUGUUGCAUUACUGGUACUAAAUUCAGGGUGCAAAAUUCCAGCAUACAAAUUUAAACCCAGAAACUUGAUUUGAUUAGAUUGCUAUGGAUAUGUUUUAUGCCACAAGUGUGCAAUGUACAAAAGCAUUAUAUAAAAAAAGAAUUAAUGUUUCACUCCGAGUUUAUUCUAUUUGUGGAAUGUUAAAACAUCCAAAUCAUUGAGGUCUUUUGUGGUAAUUUGGCCUUUUCCUGUAAUAUUAAAUUUUGUAGCUUCCUUUCUUCAAUUUAGUAGAAAAAUGUUGCUGGCCAAUUUUUUUUUAUAUCAGGAAAUACUUGACUUUUUCACAUUUGGAUAGAUUUGGGACUUGGCUGAUUUUUCUACAAGGGACUUUGUCUGUAUUUACAGUAUGUACAGUACAGUGUCUCAUAUCUACUGACUACACAAACUGCAGCUUCUUCUGCUUAAUAUUAAACCCUUGGGUCAAUUAAAUCUGACCAAGGACCAAGACAUACAAGUGACUGUUGGCUGAGCAAGCAGCAAGUGGUGUUCUGUAAUAGUUUGAUCGUGACUGAAAGGCAAAGAUUUUAUUCUGCGUUUAAAGAGGAACGUUUAUCCUUCGGGAUCAGGGUUUAUGCAUUUUGGACUCACGAGGAAUGGAAAGAUAAGCUGCCCAAACCCAGGGAGACUUUGGGUUGAUGUUGUGAUCUUAAAUUAAACACUGUUGAAGGACGCUUUCUUUAAGGUGGAAGACUGAGUGUAGAGCCAAGUCUCACUCUGAGCAGGAGGCCGCCUCCGCUCUGCGCUCAGCUCUGUGCUCCGCUCUGCUUUGCUAAAUAUUACCCUCUGGUGUACUCUCUGGUGUACCCUCUGGUGUACUCUCUGGUGUACCCUCUGGUGUACCCUCUGGUGUACUCUCUGGUGUACUCUCUGGUGUAAUCUUGGUAUGGAAUGUGUCGCUGCUUUUUGCUUAAGACGAGUGAAAUAAUCACCUUCUUAGAAGGUUACUGAUACUUUAACAUCAAAGGGGACAGUAUACCUAUAAAGGAUGAUUUAGAUCAAUGGAAAUGGGCAGACAGAUGAGAAACCAGAGGGGCCAAUUGGUUUGGUUACGUAUACACGUGAAAAACAGCCUGUGCUUGUUUAAAUUUCUGUACAUAUUCAGACCUAUUUACCCUAUCCCUGUUUAAGCAUUUGGACUGUCCUCCUAUAUUAAGCUGUGUUUUUUUCCUGUAUCAGUUUAAUUGUGUCUGGUUUUGCUUGGUAAUUCUUUCGGACAUACAGUCAGUUCAUAUCUAUCAGAUGCAAAUGGCCUCAUGAAGGAAAAGUGUCUUUUUUAUCUUAUGAUGUUAUUUAAAUGGAACAAAUCAAUCCAGCCACUAUACUGAGAAUAUCGAUACUGAUUUUAAACUAUGAAAGAACUAUUGUGCUUAAAUAUUUUGCCUCUGGAUCCAGGUUUAAGUCAAAGGUGAGAGCUUAUAGUACAUAUUAGGGCUGCUCAUCUUCCUAGCCAGUGUAAGCUGAGCUCAGUCGCCAAAUUCAUUCUGUGGCAUAUUUAUUGGUUGUUACAUGUAAAAGCUUCCAUAUACCUCAAUCCUCAACUCUCAGUAGUUGGUCUACAGGCAGUAGACUGUGCGUAUAGGAACAGUUCAGAUGGUUGUGCUGGACAGUGUCUCUCACUUACCAGCCUUGGAUUUUAAAGAAAUCUGUUAAGGAUAAGCUGCGAUGUUCGUUCAGACCUCCUCUGCCCGACUUGGUGUAGCUUUAACCGCUUUAUCUCAUAGUUUUAAAAUGCUUUCGCUGCUAAUGAGGAACAUGAGGAAGCAGUUUGCGAGGCUCAAGCCAUAGUGGGUGUUUAAGUAAACCCAUAUUUACUUUCUAAUUUAAUUAAAGAAACAAUAUUUUUUAAAAAAGGCCGUUUAGGGGUAGACACUUCUGUCAUGGUGUACCAGGCGAGCCGCAGCCUGUGUUUGAGGCAGGGAGCAAGAGAUUCUGGUGGUUUUUACUGUAAAAUGAGCUAAGUUCUUUGAGUCCCACUGAAAUCUCCAGAUAACUAAAACUGCACUUGAUCAUUAUAAAAAACCGUCAAUGGUUAGUAGAAAUUGUUUGAAGAGAGUUAAAAACAAUGUUGUUUUUACUCGCAGAUCAAUCGGAAAUAUGUGCCUUUGACAUUGCCUAUUAAAUGCCUGUUCAGACAGCUGCAAUUCUCCUAGAAACAGCUUUGACAAGAAAAUCAUGCUAUUUCAUCUGGCAAUAUUUAGUGGUUCCUGAAGGGUGAGCUGAACAUUAGGCGUUAGUUAAGUCUUUACAUUUCUGUGCUCCUCUCCCAGACCUGAACAUCACCACACACAUUGGGUGUCACAUGUUUAUGUACAUUUGCAUGUGUUGUACAUAACACAGAUUUUACAAUCAUUUUUUUUUUUGAAAAUUUAAUAGACAGAAAUUGCAGUAUCGAGUAAAUAUGAAAGGGAUUUUUGCACAAAAAUGUGGAGAGUGUUUGUGUAGCCUGUGUAGAUGCAGGUUCCCUAUUCCGGACUCCAGAGUCAAUCACACUGGCUCCUGUUUUGCUGAACUAGACAGUUUCAGUGUCUUGUCUUCCUUCUUUCACGUGUCUCCAGGACUCACAACCACACAACUGUCUCAUCUCUCACGCAGCCACUGCUCUCAAGCACUUUCCUUAUGUACACAGGAUUUCAUUUCGUUGGAAUGGUUCAGAGAAAAGCGUUGUAAUAAUCAGCUGGCUUGCUGUUUUCCGUCUUCCUGUGCCACUGUUUCUAGUUUCUCCGUUAAUUGUGAGUGUGAGUGUGAGUGUGCACACACUCGUGCGCUUUCGUUUUUUAUUACAGGGGGCAAAAUCACAGCUUUAAAGACUUUUUUGACUUUUGGUUUUGCUUUUUGAAUUUGAUGUGUCCAGUUUUUUUUUUAUUAAAAAGAUCUUGUUUUUCA